AUGAAUACAAAGGAUGAAAUUCUUUUCGGCAAAGUCAAGCCACCAAAAAGUAAGAAUUUAUCUUUGCUUAAAAAAGAUCUUGUCAAACUCGCAAACUUCCAAGCCGGUUUUCUGGAUGAACUGAUCAAGAAAUACGGAAACGGAAUUGGGUUGGUCUCUUUCGGGAUAUGGGUUUGUGAGGCCUUUUAUAAUAUCAAAGUAAUCUUCAAGUAUAUACUAGUUUAUUGCUUUCAAUACAAACGUGAUCAAAUACCUCUAACACACUAUUUUUAUGAUCCGAAGGAUCGUGUUUCUAACGUUUCAGAAACAAUUACUCACAGCAACAUACCUGACUUCACAUCACGUUCAACUUAUGGCAGGAAUCUUGCCGCCUCUCCGGAACCUGUUAAUAUUGCCAUCGUUGGUACACAGCCUAGCUCCUUAGAGAAGAUGUGA